AUGGCCUCGAACAUAACCUACCACGCCAGCGCCCUCACCCGCUCGGAGCGCAGUGCCCUACGCAACCAGCGUGGCCUGACCAUCUGGCUAACGGGGCUCUCUGCAUCAGGUAAAUCGACAUUGGCCGUGGAACUCGAGCACCAACUCCUUCACGACCGGGGCGUCCACGCCUACCGUCUCGACGGCGACAACGUCCGAUUCGGACUAAACAAAGACCUCGGAUUCAGCGAACAAGACCGUAACGAGAACAUCCGUCGGAUCGCAGAGGUCGCGAAGUUAUUCGCAGACAGUGCCUCUAUUGCCAUCACCUCAUUUAUCUCCCCUUAUCGUGCGGACCGGGACACCGCCCGCCAGCUACAUGAGGUGCCUACCCCCGGUGAGGAGACCGGGUUGCCCUUCGUUGAGGUCUUUGUUGAUGUCCCUGUUGAGGUGGCGGAGAAGAGAGAUCCAAAGGGUCUGUAUAAGAAGGCUAGAGAGGGGGUUAUUAAGGAGUUUACGGGGAUUAGUGCCCCCUAUGAGGCUCCUGUUAAUCCAGAGGUGCAUAUUAGGAAUGUUGAUCUGUCGGUGAAGGAUGCUGUCGCGCAGAUUGUUAAGUAUUUGGAUGAGCAGGGGUACUUACCUCCGAAGGAAUAG